CUUUCCGGCCAGGGAGGCGGCUCCCGCUCCCCUCCACAGAUGAGGACGCUGAGGCUCAGCGAGAUUAGAGUGAGGAGCGCCCAUGGAGCCCGUCAAGGCAUUAAAGAAUGCUGAUGGGAGAACCAUUUCCUUAAUUUUCAGAUUGUGGAGCUGGUUACCAUGAUGGAUGAUCAGCAAGCUUUGAACUCAAUCAUGCAAGAUUUGGCUGUUCUUCAUAAGGCCAGUCGACCUGCAUUAUCAUUACAGGAAAACAGAAAAACAAAAUCUUUAUCUCCCAAAAAACAGAAUGAUGUCCGAGUCAAAUUUGAACAUAGAGGAGAAAAACGAAUCCUUCAGUUCCCCAGGCCAGUUAAAUUAGAAGACCUGAGGUCUAAAGCUAAAAUUGCUUUUGGACAGUCCAUGGAUCUACAUUAUACCAAUAACGAGUUGGUAAUUCCAUUAACAACCCAAGACGACUUGGACAAAGCUGUGGAACUACUGGAUCGUAGUGUUCAUAUGAAAAGUCUCAAGAUAUUACUUGUAAUAAAUGGAAGUACACAGGCUAGUAAUUUAGAACCAUUGUCAUCACUGGAAGAUUUGGAUAACACAGUAUUUGGAGCAGAGAGGAAAAAACGGCUUUCUAUAAUAGGUCCCAUUACUAGGGAUAGAAGCUCCCCUCCACCCGGAUACAUUCCAGAUGAAUUACACCAGGUUGCCCGGAAUGGGUCAUUCACCAGUAUCAAUAGUGAAGGAGAGUUCAUUCCAGAGAGCAUGGACCAAAUGCUGGACCCGUUAUCUUUAAGCAGCCCAGAAAAUUCUGGCUCAGGAAGUUGUCCAUCACUUGAUAGUCCUUUGGAUGGAGAGAGCUAUCCAAAAUCACGAAUGCCUAGGGCACAGAGCUAUCCAGAUAAUCAUCAGGAAUUUUCAGACUAUGAUAACCCCAUCUUUGAGAAAUUUGGUAAAGGAGGAACGUAUCCAAGAAGAUACCAUGUUUCAUAUCACCAUCAAGACUAUAAUGAUGGUCGUAAAACUUUUCCAAGAGCUAGAAGAACCCAGGGGACCAGCUUUCGGUCUCCUGUGAGUUUCAGUCCUACUGAUCACUCCUUAAGCACUAGUAGUGGAAGCAGUAUCUUUACCCCAGAGUAUGAUGAUAGUCGAAUCAGAAGAAGGGGAAGUGACAUAGACAAUCCUACUUUGACUGUAAUGGACAUCAGUCCUCCCAGCCGCUCACCUCGUGCUCCCACCAACUGGAGACUGGGCAAACUGCUUGGCCAGGGAGCAUUUGGCAGGGUCUACCUCUGUUAUGAUGUUGAUACAGGAAGAGAAUUGGCUGUUAAGCAAGUUCAGUUUGACCCUGAUAGCCCUGAGACCAGCAAGGAAGUAAAUGCACUUGAGUGUGAAAUUCAGUUGUUGAAAAACUUGCUGCAUGAGCGAAUUGUUCAGUAUUAUGGCUGUUUGAGAGAUCCCCAGGAAAAAACACUUUCCAUAUUUAUGGAAUAUAUGCCAGGGAGUUCAAUUAAGGACCAAUUAAAAGCUUAUGGAGCUCUUACUGAGAAUGUGACUAGGAAAUAUACCCGUCAGAUUCUGGAGGGCGUCCAUUAUUUGCACAGUAAUAUGAUUGUUCAUAGAGAUAUCAAAGGUGCAAAUAUUCUGCGAGAUUCAACAGGCAAUGUCAAAUUAGGAGAUUUUGGGGCUAGCAAACGGCUUCAAACCAUCUGUCUUUCGGGGACAGGAAUGAAAUCUGUCACAGGCACACCAUACUGGAUGAGCCCUGAAGUAAUUAGUGGAGAAGGCUAUGGCAGAAAAGCAGAUAUCUGGAGUGUGGGCUGUACUGUGGUAGAAAUGCUGACUGAAAAGCCUCCUUGGGCAGAAUUUGAAGCAAUGGCUGCCAUCUUUAAAAUCGCCACUCAGCCAACAAACCCAAAGCUGCCACCUCAUGUCUCAGACUAUACUCGAGAUUUUCUCAAACGAAUCUUUGUAGAGGCCAAACUGAGACCUUCAGCUGAUGAACUCCUAAGGCACAUGUUUGUGCACUAUCACUAGCACCAGUAACCUCUCCUGUGCCUCUACCAGCUCCCAUCUAUUCAUUCACCUUCUCUCUGACUGCACUUUUCUUUUUUUAUAAAAAAGAGAGAUGGGGAGAAAAAAAAGACAAGAGGGAAAGUAUUUCUCUUGAUUCUUGUUUAAAUUUGCUUAAUAAUAGUAACCUAAAUUUUUUAUAUUUAAUCUUUUUUUCCCUUACAAGAACUUGAAACUUUUUUUUUUAAUUUUUAUAAUAUACUGAUGUUGUUCAGAGAGAUAAAGCACUUUAGUACAUAGUCACUCUUUGUAGUACAAACAAAUCAUGUGGAAUACCUAAAGAUUGUAGAGUCUUUUCCUGUGUCACUGACAGAUUGGUGGUGAUGGGAAGACAUGGAAAACAAGGAAAAGAAAAUGAUGUAUAAUUUGUAGUUUUUAGCGGUAGUAUUUAAAUAGAUCCUCAUUUGAUUUGUGGGAUUGAGCUCUAAACUUGAGUUUAGGGUAGGUACUCAAUUUAAAGAAUAUGGGCUCCUUCUUAUAUCUGUAUUCUUUAGAUCCUAACCUCUGUCUACCAAGCUUUUUGCUCAGUAGGAAUCUUGAUAGAAAAUAUGAAUUUUCAAGAGGUAUGUUUGUUAAACCUACCAGUAUAAUAAGCAAAUACACUAUCGUAGAUCCAUGUUACUGGAAUCUAUAAACCUUGAGGGAUAACUUUCUGCUUAAAUAUAUAUAUAUAUAUGUAUGUGUGUGUGUGUGUGUAUAUAUAUAUAUAUCUUAAAGCCGAUAUGGUAAACCAAUAAGUAAAUGCAAAUUAAAAGACAAGCAGAUAUUGUGUGAGCAAAGGAGACCAUAUUUGCCAAUCAACAGAAAUAGUGGGGGGAAGAAAAAGAACUAAGAACUUAUAAGCAAUGUUCUUUAAUUGAGGGGGGAAGUCUCAUAAUUAAGGGAAAGGAGAAAUAAUCAAAAUCAUGUAUACUAUCUUCCUAUUCUUAGUUCCUGAUUCCCCCACAGGUAACAUCUAGGAACUAAGAAUUUAACUUGGAGUAUCCAUGAGAUAAAACCAUUGUUCUUGGAAUCACAGAAUACUAUAGCAUCUCAAAAACCAAUUAUGUGAAACUGGUUGUCAAGGGCGGUGUGGGUAUGAUUUCACUUGGUGUUUGGCAAUGUCCCAUGGACAUUUUUGGUUUCCAUGUUAUGAAGAUGCUGUUAGCAUCUAGUGGAGAGAGACCAGGGAUGCUGCUGAAAAAACUAGAAUAUACAAGGACAGCACCCCCUACUGCCCACAAAGAAUUACCCUGCCCAAAAUGUCAAAAGUGCCAAAGUUGAAAAAUCCUGUUGCAAAGAGCAGCCCCAGUUAUAAAAUGAAAACAGCCAUUCUCAUGGCAGGUUCCUUAGGAAAAGUAAAUAUCAAGUGAUAUAAUGCAAAAUGAGGGUUUUUACAAGAGCAGAUAUACCUUUACUUCUUAUCAAAGGUGAAUAAUCUCAACAAAUAGCAAAUAGCAAUCCUUUCCUUACCAGCUGCACUUGUACCCAAAUCAGUAACUUCCUUUUUAGAAACAAAAUGAAUUUAAACAUACAGCCUGUUGACCUCAACCAUCUGUAUCUAUUCUUUCCUCAAAAGUCAUUUCUAACUAUGGUAAAAGGAAGCAUAUUAAAACAGAGUAUUAACUACUACACAGGAAGACUAAAAUCCCCAGGUAUCUCUAGGAUAAUAAUUAAGAGCAAGGCCAUUCGAUGGAAGGCAGCAACCAGGAAACCCCAGUAUUUCUCAUGGGAUUGUGCUACUGGAAAACCUGAGUGACAGCAGUAAUUUGACCACUUGCAGUUUUUCAAGCAUGUCAGAGCAAGUGCUAAGUACUUUAUUUUAAAGGUCUGGAAAGUAGUAGUCUUCCUGGAGGCCCUAAAUAUUAUGCCUUUCAUGAGAUUCUUAAGGCACGUGGGUAUUUUUAUUUCCUAUUAGUUAUGCUCUCUUAUGGACGCUCUUAAAAUACUUUGUUUUUUUAAGUUAGGAUAGAUCUUGGUUUACUCUGUCAAGGUCCAAUCUGGCACUCCCUGUAGGGAAUUUGAAAUUCCACUAACUGUUUGAAAAGAAGUCACGGCACAAAUAGAGUUGUUAAAGCAUUUUGCAGAUCCUUAAAAUCAAAGGAAGCAGCUUGCAAGGAAGAAGGUGGACUAGUGGCCCCUCCCCUAAGGAAAUCAGUUGCCAUACUUGUGCUAUAAAUAUACUCCCCAAGGAUGUGGAUCUGUUAUAAUUUAUCUUUCGUGAGUGAGGGCAUCUCUUCUACUUGAGCAAGAGAAUUGUAUUUAGGCCAGUGGGAUUUUUCUUCAUUUCUUUGUCGUGUGUGGUUGUGGGUUUCUGUUUGGCUUAUUUUUGGUCUGUCAGGGUAACUAGCAAUGCAGAAUAUGAGACAAAUGCUCUUUAGAGAUAAAUUUUGGGAGACUGUAAGACCCAAAGCAAACUGUUUGCUUUUCAGUCUCUUUUUCUCUCUUCUAAUGCUAUAGAAAAUAAAAUCACCUGAAAUGAAACUACUAAUUUAACACUGCUGCAGAAGACCUUUGUUUUAUAGGAAAAAUAUUAUUAGCUGUGGGAAAGUAUUGUUCUUUAUGUAAGGACUUUUAAAAUAGACUUUUAGAGAGUUACUAUAUAAAAUGUGAUGUGAAUUUAUUUCAAAUGAGUUGUGAAGGUACCAAAAAACUACAAUAAAAGUUAAUAUAUUUAAAAACUACAAGAACAGAAAAGCUUGAAGUGGGUGGGGGUUAUGAAAGACCAAAAGUAAAUUUAAUAAAGAAAAUUUUGAAACGAAAUACCUUUAUCAGGGACAGUUAAAUAUAACACUCCAGUUUUUCUUUCUAAUAAUGGUGUGGAUUUACAAACAAAAUUUCAACUUUUUGAGAUGACUCUAAAUGUAUUUUGUUUUUCAAAUGCACAACUGAUUCUACUAUACUGUAAUGUUUCUUUGCUAAGGCUGGAAAAUGACCAGACUGCUGACUUUGUGCCUUUAAAAUGCAUUCUGCUUUGAAUAGUGGCAGAUUUUUUGGUGCUGGAGGAGAUUCACUCGCAGUCUUACAUGUGCUUUUCAGGAAAUAUCUUUCUAUUUAGGCCUUGAGAGAUUCAAAAUGGCAUGACUUGGGCUUGGACCAAAAUAUAAGAUCUUCUACAUUGCAAACAAGGUGUACUGAAUAAAAGGAUUGAAAAAUACUGUAAUGACUAAUGGAAAUUAUGAUGGUUGGAAAUUCUUUAAACUGUCUACAGACUGAAAUUUUCAGUAUGAAUAUCUUGAAAACCUUCCAAGUUUCCUCAUUUACAAAACAAGUUUCUAACUUGAAAAAUGGCUAAAGACUACUGCCUUAGAAAGUUUUCAAAGGCACAGUCAAAAAAUACUUAAUUUAUGAGAUUGAAAUGUAAAUACAUGUGCUGAAGUUAAAAUUUAUUUCCAAGUAAAUUGAAGUGGCUUUCACUUAAGAGAAUCUUUCUCUUAUUCCCUAUAGAAACUACAUUUAAAAGAUGGAAUUGUAUCUUAAGCCUUUUGCUACUUCAGCUCGUACACAUGUUGGGUCUGGUCUGUAGUGUUUCUGAGACACAUGAACUAAGAAAGUCAAAUCUGAAUAGUUAAUAGGAAUUACCAAGCUUGGAUGCAAAAGCCAAGAUAUUUACCAGAUCCAGUCUCCUUGACCCCUGGCAGAGUUCUGUGCCAAUGAUUUCAUUUGGGGUUUAGAGACCAAGUUUAAUAUAAAAUCACCUGGUGUAAAUCAAGUAUAGCAAUGUAACAGGGGUUUUUGUUUUGUUUUGUUUUGUUUUUUUUUAAAUAGGAUGAGUCUUUCAUUUGCCUACUCAUAAUUAUGGCUUAUUGUAUCAGGUACUAAAUUAACUUAUCCUUAAGAAGGUCACAGUCUAGGAGGAAGCAUAAGCAAACAAAUAGUUAUAAAGUAAGGGGAAAGUAAUUUCGGUAAUCAUUGGCUCAUAUAUACUAAAGUGGUAUUCACAAUAGAGAUUAAAAAAAUUCCCAAAUUGGAGGAUCCCCCCGCCCCCCGCCAGCCCCGCAUAAGUCUGACAGCCUCUCUUCUCAAGAUGCUCUCUUAAAAGAACCCUACUAGUCCCAGUGAAGGGGACAUUUAUUCCAUACUAUGGUGGGUUUUUUCCUGCUGUUUCUUUUGAAGAAAAGAAUAUUUUAUUUUGGUCCCAAUUGUUAAAAUACCCAAAACAUUUGAUAGAAAUGAAUUCUGUCAACAGCAUUAUUUAAGUUUGGUCUUUAUUACAAAUAAAAUGUUCGUAUUUAUUUGAGUUUUAAGAUUAGUUAAACAUUAAUGAAAAGAAAAUUAUUAAUUUCUGGUAGUGCCUUUUUCUCUUUAUGCCUUAAUUUUAUUUUAUAUCAAGAAUAAUUCAAGUUGCCCACUGAAAUGAAGGUUUUCCCCAAAUCAGUAGGUUUCAAAAGUUCAUUUGGCCUUAGACUGUGUAUUGAUUCUUAAACUCUUAUGUCUGUUUCCUCCUCUUCCCUUUACUACCUCUUCUUUUUUAUGUUAGAAGAGAAAAAUUUGCAUUAGUCUGUGAUAGACACACUUCAGUUUCUACUAGAUGUGAACUUCUAAGAUAAAUAUAAGAGGUAUUCUAGUUCUGAAGAGACAUAGAAAAUUGUUUUUUAGGUUGAUUACUUGAUUUUCAAUCACAUUGGCGCUGUCCAAAUUCUUUGUAUAUCAUGAUUCAAUUAUGAUUUUUAUAGCAGAGCUAGAAUGGUGGUUUUUGCCCUGAGCUUGUUUAAAUGUUUUACAAAUGUUAAGGCCAUGUGAGUUAGGGUAAUGAGCAAGAAAUCCAGGGGUAGUGAAUUCUAAUCCUUUCUAAGUAACAUUUUGACUAAAACUCUAGCUUGCUUUUUUCUGUGAAGAGUGUGUGUGUGUGUUUGGGGCAGGGGUGGGAAGGAAGAAAAGGUAUGAAUGUUUCAUUAUAUUAGACUGUUCUUGGAAGAACAACUCAAAUGUGUAUGACCUACUGAUGAUGGAUGAGUGUAAACUGGCCUCUGCUAGGAAAGCCAGCACAUUUUCUGCAAGUAGCUAGUACAAAUGAUUGUUUAACAGAGGUAUUUAUUGUAAAUUGCCAAGCUCUUGUUUGCUAAAAGUAGAUUAAAAUUGAACUUGUGUGUAUAAUUGUGAGCAUAUAUGUAAAUCUUAAAUAGAAAGUAACUGAUUUUGCGUAGUUCUUUAUGAACUUUGGAAUAGAAAUUCUGUCAUCAAAACAAGCUUCCUUAGCUUACCAAGUAUUCAAAAGGAAAUUGUCUCAUACCUCUUUUUGGUUGGCUAGGGAAGGUGUGCUGUGAAGCCACUGUUCUUACUUCAUAGUUGUCUUUAGAUUUGCUUUGACUUCUGCCAUGGUCUGGACAGUAUGCCACGAGAGGUGUAGGAGUGUUGUGGCCAGUUUUUCCUUCACACUCACUUGUCAGAGCUAUAGUAAUGGGCUCUCUGGAGAGUCUACAGAAUCUUCUCUCAGUGAUAUUAUGGUCGUGGUUUGGUUCCAGAAAAUUGAAGGAGGGGGUCAUAGCUAUAGUAAAGAAAAGAAUAAAUUUUAUUUGUUGCCUGUACACAGUUUCUUCUGUAAUUCUUCAUGUUUUUCAUAAUUGUGCAUUUAAACUUAUAACCAUCUUUUUGUUAAUAACUGCAAAGGCAUUAAAUCAGUGAGUACUAUUAUUCCUUAUGCCUGAUGACUUCUUGUUUGUAUUCACAAUCUGUAUUAUCAGAAUCACUCUAAACCAAAGCUUUUAUAUUCCCAGCUCACAUAGCCAAAAUAAUUAGCACUGUUACUUCUGCCCACUUGUAAGCUGAUUGUGUAAAAAUGAUAAAGCAGGUACUAGUAGAAUUUAUAUCUCAGUCUAUCCUUCAAGUAAAAGGACAGGUGCUCAGUGUUUCCAAUUAGACAUGCGGAAUUUACUUCAUCUAUUAAGGAACUAUGUAGACAUUACAAACUUGAGUUUGUGUGUGUGCCAAUCUUAGUAACGUCACUUGACCAUAGACGAACAUACAUAUACAGUGGCAUAUGAUGCCUCAGGUUGGUGGUGUAUUCUUCCUAGUGUCUUGCUUGACAUUUAUGAACUUGUGUUUGACUUAAGGGGCAUUUGAGGAAAGCUGUGAAGAAAAGGAGGUUAUAGACUGACGUCUGAUUUGUGCCAUAAACAUUUUGGAACGUAAGGAAGAGUCAGCUCUUCAGUAUACAUGCAGAAUUUGUCUCCAAAUAAGGAUUUCUGAGUCUCUUAAUGCCAUUAACAGUCAAGUUUGUGACUAUACUGAAAAGCACUUUUGUCUUCACUUAUUUAUAUAUUCUUAGAAUUUAUUUUUUAAAACCAUGUGGUUAGAGGUGAUUUUUAGCAUUACUUGGAGGGGAGAAAUAAGUAACAAAAUUGCAUCUUAAAUUCUAUUAGAUACUGAGGAUCCAAAUAGAUUUGACAUAAUCUCAUUUUUCCAAAGACAUUUUUCCCACCUGGAGUAAGAAGACAGUACUAGUGCAAACAUUAGAGCUGGGAUGGCUCACGGGCAAAGAAAAUGGGCCAAUACCUUGCCAUAGUCCCUGCCCAGUUGAAGGUGCAGUGUCUGAGGAUAAGAGUACUUACUUAAAAACAAUUGUCUAUAGUACAAUCUUAAUUAGCAAGUGAAGGUUUACAUUUUUUUUAUUGCUGUUCGUUCUAAAAUUUGCUAUCCUGUGUUCUGAAAUAUUAUAAACGAGUUAAUACCAAAAAUACUUCUGUCUGACAUCUCUUACAUUUCACAUGGUUCUCUUUAUUCAGCUAUCAUUGUAAAUAAAAGUAAACUUGGAUAAAUUUGAACAUAAACAUUUAACAUUUGCAAUUUGCAGAUUUACCCGUUGACCUGAUGGACACUUUUAAAUGUAGCCAUUAAAUUCCCUGUAUUUCACCUAUGAGUUUCUCUCUAAACAUUUUUAUCAGUUGAAUGCUGGGCAGUUUAUAAUUAUGUACAGAGGUGUUCUUUUCCUAUCAAGAUUGACUUUUUUGCACAUUUUUGGAAAUGUUUCAUUUGUACACUGAUUUACUACUCUGACCAAUAAUUGUUGAUGAGUGUAUGAGCAUCUUGAAUGGGUGCAUUAAACUACUGUCUGUGUCUCUACAUUGUAACUUCUUUCAAGAUGUAGCCAUCAGUAACUGCUAUUACUGACUUACUUGGACCUUGUUGCUUUUACAGAGUUUACUUACCUAUGGUUCUAUCUUUGUUGAAGAACUCAGGAGUUCACCAUCACUUUCUGGUUUUAUAUGUAUUUUAAAAUUCACAACUAGAUUGAAAGUAUGCUUGUAACUCUGUGUAUGAGGGUGUGUGUGUGUGUGUGUGUGUAUGUCUUUUUCUGUCUGUAGGCACAUGUAUAUAUCCCAGUAAUUUCUUACUUUCUUUCCAUUCCUACAUUUUUAUGAACUUGUUUUAUAAGGGUACUGUUUAGUUAGAAUAAUUAAAUAUAUAUAAAAGCUUUCUGAGAGAUUAUUUACUAUAUGAAUAUAUUUUCAGCUGGCUGAUCAAAAAUAUUUUUUUAAUUUUCUUUUUAACCAUUCAAAAUGUAUUUGUAUUUCCAGAAUUGGAUGCAGAUAUUACUUAGCUAUCAAUUAAAAUACUCUUGCUAGGAAAAGCAAUGAAUUUCAAGAAUUUUAUGAUGUGCAAAUUCAGAGGAAAAAUAGAAACAGCAGCAAAAACAGUCUGUCCACUAAAAUGGCCUUUGAGUUCUCAGAGCUAUGAAAAAAUGUGAGCAACUAAAUUACCUUGAAGAGAUGUCAAGGUUUUUAUAUAUCCAGUUGUUGUUGGCCUGUCCUACUGUUGUUUUUUUUAAUAUUUCCUUCGUUCUAUCCUAAAAUAUUUCAACUUCUCCUUUUUCUCCUACUGGGCAAGGUCAGGCUGCAUUUAUAAAACAAUACAUUGACAUUUGUAAUUCUCUGUAAUUGGUGAUAAAUUGAUUUAGAAAUGUCCAAACAUGCAUUGCUGUGUCUUUAUACUGUACUGUGUAUUUUAAGUAACUGGCAGAAAAAGAAUUGGAAAUGAAAUUUCCAAUCCGACAAUGUUAUUGUACUGAUGGAAGACCUUGUUUUUACUAUGCGGUACCAUGUAAAAUUACUUGUGUUAGAAAUAAAGUCCACUGUUGAAGUUGAAUGUCCCUAAUUAUGUUACAAGGAGCCAAUAUGAUUAGAAAAACUACCAGAAGCCAGAUACAGUGUGGUAUGUGCCACAUUUCAUGCACAUUUUGACUUUGUGUUGUUCAUUUAUAAUUGUGCUUGUAAAAAAUGUAUAUAAUUUGAGUUUUAUAAUUUUUAUGUAUUUGUUUUUUUCUUGCUCGUAAAUAGCUUUUUUUAAUGUAAAACAAUCCAUGUUUAUAUUUUGUUAGUGAUCAAAGACUUUGUUUAUAUGGAAAUUUGUAUAUUGUUGGCACAUAUCUUUGUUUAGAUUUAUCGUGCAUGAAGGCUUGCAAUAAUUAGCACAAUGAAAAUUGCUUUUUCUUACAUGUUAGUUCAUCUUUUGGAAGAUUGUGGUGCAAAGGCUUACUCUAAGUAACCUUCUGGACUAAGGAAUGAACAUAAAUGAAUGGCACUUUGAGUGUUAAUAAAGCUGAUAUUUAUUUCCACUGUGAUUGACUUGUUCUGAUCUGUU